GCUCGCGAGAUUUCCGGAGCUCGUCAUCCCUGGGCUCCCUGGCAGAGUUCCGUCUUCCUCUCUCUCGCUGCGCUUCAGCCCACACUGACCUGACCCUGCCGGAGCGAAACAAGUCGACGUGCCGCCUACAACCGGCCCGGAGCCACAGUCCGCAGCGCGUCCACUUAAGGAACGCCUUCACAUCCCGACAAUAACAGUAAUAUCGAGGACACACCACGCAGUUUUCACAGAAACACUGCCACUGGAGCCUGUUUUGACUUUAGUGGUCCUGGUUCUUCGCACGUUCUUCUCGAUGCAGAAUGGCGCUGGACAUGGCUGACUCACAGUACCUUCUCAUCCUGGCACCGUCGCUGGUCAUUGCUCUCAUGUUCCUCUUUUUCUGGCUCUUCAUGAAAGAGACUUCCUACGAGGAGGUUCUGGCCCACCAAAAACGAGACCUCAAAUUGCCUCCCGCCAAGCCCGAUACCCGUAAAAAGAACGAGAAAAAGAAGAACAAGAAGAAGGAGACCGGUGGAAGUGGAUUGGGAGGAGGUGGGGGCGGCGAGUCAGAGGAAGACCUGAGGGAUUUCGAUAUAUCUGAUGCCACUAGCCCUACCUCGAAUGAUGAGGAUUCUGAGGUGGUGCCCGUGAAUCCACCUGUUGCUGCUCCGGUCCUGGCAGAACCUCUGUCUGGGAUAAGAGAGAGGAAAAAGAAAGAGAAAAAGCCAAAAGCUUCUCCAACUGCUGCUCCAGCUGCUGCCCCAACGGUGGUACCCCUUUCCCGUAAAACCCCAACUACUCCUCCAACUUCAGAAGAACCAGAAGUCAAUGGAUCCAAACCUUCUGUCCGUAAGGAGCCGCCCCUCCCUCUGACCAAACAGUCCAGCCCACUGCAGCGUCAGGCCACGCCCCCUGGCCCCACUGAGACUACCAACAAAAAGAAAGCCAAGAAGCAGAAGAGUGAGUCUGAAGAGCAUCCACCUGAGGUCAAGCCUGAUCUGUCUCCUCCUGUGGUGAAGAAGGUGGAGCCUCUGAUCAUCGAGGUGGAGUUAAAGGCAAAGGACGGAGCCGUCCCUGUUGCCACAGCAGCACCACCACCACCCUUGAGCGGCAGUGGGCGUAGGAAGAAGAAGCAGAAGGUGGAUCCUGUCAUCACAGUGGAUGAGGCACAUGUCCAGUCCUCAGCCCCAGUCACUCAGACGGACUCCACCACCUCGACGAACCACCAGAACAACCAAAACAAUGAGGCUCCGCCCCCUGCUCCUGCACCCGCUAAACAUGGCAAGAAACAGAAGAGCGAAACUAACAAAGAGAACUCUGAGGUGAAGCUCAAGGAGCUACUGUCCAGUCUGAGUGGACUUGUGCUGUCAGACUCUGAUCUGGUCAGUCUCGUCUCACUGCUCCGAAACAGGAGUCCCAACGCUUUGGACAACUGGUAUAAGUCUGCAGCUAAGUUUGAGCCCUCGGCCCAGCAGCUCGCAGAGAAAGAUCGUCUUCUGAGCACACUUCAGGAGGAGGUGUCCAUCGCCAAGGGCAAAGUCAAACAGUUAAGCCAGGAACUGCAAGCGGAGAGGCAGAAGACUGGCCGCGUGGAGUCUGUGCUGCAUGAACAUCGUGUUGCCAGAGAGAAAGACAUCAUGCAGGUGAAAGCUCAGAGCUUCCAGGAGAUGCAGAUUAAGUUCCAACAGUUAAGAGAACAGCUGGACGGUCAGAUCGCUCGGCUGCAGCAGGAAAACAGCAUCCUGAGAGACGCUGUGGAGAGAUGCUCCACCACCAACCAGAUGGAGACCAAGCAGUCAUCCGAGCUGAAUAAACUGCGUUCAGAAUACAGCGGUCUGGUGAAAGAGCUCACAGAGACCAAAAACAAGCUGCAGCAGGAAGAGUUGCAACGGAAGAGUCUCGAAGUCAACUACAAGCAGAAUGUGUCCCAACUGGAGGAUGUGAAAUGUCGUUGGGAAGAGCUGCAGGCCUAUUUGCACAACGUGAAUGCAGAGAGAGAAAAGCUUCAGGCUGCUAAACAAGAUCUGCAGAAUCAAAUGAUGGCUGUGGAGAGCGAGAUAACCAGUAAAAACAAGGAGAUCCAGACUCUCCACAGCAGCCUGAAGGACACACUCGUCUUUAAAGAGCAGGAGCAGCAGAAGGUCAAGCAUCUGGAGCAGAAGGUCAUGCAGCUGUUGGAGGUGUCUCAGCACACCAUGCAGCCUGACAACCAACUACAGGAACAAGUCCAGGAUCUUCUCAAAGAAAACAAAAUGCUGAAAGUUCAGAUUGAUAAUCUUCAGGCCCAGCUCAGCACUCAGGUUACAGCAGUAUCACAUUUCGAUGAGCUUCAAAAACUGCUGGCUGAAAAAGAGCUACAGAGGAAGAGUCUAGAAGAUUCUCUUAAUGCUGAGAGGAGCAGCAGCGCCGGCAGGGAGACAAAGAUGCAGGCCAUACACAAUGAGAACCUGACAGUGAAGACGGACCUCCAGAAUCUGCAGGCACAGAUAUCUGAGCAGGCUCUAUCUAUGGAUCAACUAAAGCAAAGCCUCCAGCAACGCGAUGAGAAGGUGAGAAUGGUGGAGAAUUUGCUGGAGUCCAGCCUCAUUCAGGUGGCCAAUAAAGAAGACGAACUCAAGGCAAUGAAAAAUGAAUUUGAAGAUUUGAAACAGCAGCUGGAGGCAGUACAGAAACAUGCCACAGAGCAGGUAACAAUGUCACAAAAGACGCUAGAAGAGCUACAGCAGAAGAUUCAGGAGAAGGAUGAAAACAUUCGAUCGGUCGAGGAACGUUUGCAGUCAGCGAUGAACAAAGAAUCGGAGAGAAAGAAGGCAGUGGAGGAUCUACAACAGCAGGUCGAGACUCUGAACACUGAACUUUUCCAGCUGAGGAGCAGAGAAACCCAAGAGUCAAACUCUAAAAUCCAGGAGCUUCAUGUUCAGUUAAUGGCCAAGGAUCAGGAUGUUGAGAGGCUGCGGGGAGAACUGGAGAAGCAAACCGUUUUAGCAGUUUCCAGCCAGGAAUUAACAGCGCUGGCAGAGAAGGACAAGCAGAUAUCUGACCUCCAGGAAGAGCUGCUCGAGUUGAGGGAGUCGGUGGAGCUUCAUCGUAAGAAGAACAAUGAGCUCCGGGAGAAAAACUGGAGCGCUAUGGAGGCACUGUCAGCCACCGAGACCAUACUUCAGGGAAAACUCGCCAAGAGCGCCAAGGAGCAUCAGACGGUGCUGGAGUCAGCGGAGGCCGAAUGCCGAGCAUUACUACACAGACUCCUGCCACACGUGCCGCUGCCCACCGACCAGAAGCACCAGCUGUGGCUACAGAAGUUUGAGACGUCGGCUGGAGAAGUGCUCUCUGCUCCUGCUUCAGGAGCUGGAGAUGCCCAGGUUUUAGCAGAAAAGUUAAAGGAGGCUGAGGAGGCCCAGAAAGUUCUACAGAAAGAUUGUGAGACGUACAAGAAAGUGCUAGCAGAGACGGAAGGGAUCCUGCAGCGGCUACAGAGCAGUGUGGAGCAGGAGGAGACGCGCUGGAGGGAGAAGCUGGAGCAGUCACAGGCUGAGCUCAGAGAGAUGACUCAGAGGGUGACUGCGCUGGAACAGGAAGUGGACAGAUUGAGCUCAGAUGGAGAUGUGGAGAGUUUGAGGCGGGACAAACAACACCUGGAGGCUGAACUGGAGCGAGCGGAGCGGGAGAGCGCCACCUAUGUGUCAGAGGUCAGAGAGCUCAGAGAUCUCUUGACUGAGCUGCAAAGCAAACUUGACGGCUCGUUCACCGAGGCCGUCAGGCAGAAUGAGGAGUUGAAUUUGCUUAAGACUCGGCUGACUGAGACGUUGUGUAAGCUUGAGACGGAGGAGAGUGAGCGACAGAAAGUGGCUGGAGAUCUUUAUAAGGCCCAGCAGUCUCUGGAGCUGAUUCAGGCAGAGAUCGUUAAAGAAGCAGGCCAAGCUGACCUGAUAGAGACCAGCGGCCUCACGCAGACGGAGGAGAUGGACCGUAAAGAGAAGAUGACUGCAGGGUUGAAUCAGACCGUACAGGAACUACAAGAACUGCUUCGGUCUGUCAACAGACAGCUUACCAAGGGAAACGAAAGGGAUGAUGGGGAUAAAUUAUAUUCUAAUAAUAAACUGUAAUGAAACGAGGAAGACUUCUCUCAUAAAGCCACAUGGCAUCACAGCAGAAUAACCCACGGUCCGAUCCCAGCCCUGUUUACCAUGUGAUCUCCAGCUCAAUCCCUUCACACUCCAGCCCGGGCUCCCAUUCUCCCAGAAGGACCCUGACGACGUGCACUCAGUGAGCCGGAUCCUCCAAUGCUGGGGCAUUCCUCAUAUUCACUAGACGUACAGAGCAAAGGCAUCCGAAAGACCAGACGGUUCGACUCGCUGACGUUCACUUGACCUAUUUUCACUCAAAAUACUUCGAAUACUACUUUUUGUUCGCUUUCUUCGACCAGAGAGGUUUUCGUCCUUACGUAUAAAGAACAUUGAGGAUAUUUGUGUUGUUUUAAAAAAUAAAUUAACUGUUCAAAUCUACUGACAUUCACUAUGUUUUCAGCUCUUGUCUCGAAAGCCUUAAAUUCAGAGGCACUUGCAAGAGAUCGGUUUCUAACCAAUAAAUGCUUUUCCUGACAAAUUCUGCUCGGUUUAGUAUUUGUUUUCCUGGGGGCCUGUUGUAUUGAGGGACAUGUUUAUGGUAUCGUGGGUGAAAGACGGGUUAAAUCUGUGCUAAACACCACUGCAAGCAAUUCUUCAAGUGCUGCUCAGACGGAGGCAUCCUCCUCUUCUGUUAUCAUCACACUCUUUACUGUUGCUUAUUUCAUUAACACUGAUCAUUCAUUUUUUGUAAAACAGGUGAACGGUAAUAAAAGGGAUGCUUGAUUAAAAA